CAAGCGACUACCACUUUAUUCUACUUCUCCGCCCACGCCCAGCGAGGACGAGACUGACGACGAGACCCGAGAGAGGCCGAGACCUGGAAGAUCCCGAAUCCAUCGCCGCUCCCCCACGCAACGAGAUGUCUUCACCCGCAGAGUACUACAAUUCACUUCCACCAAUAAGCAAGGCAUAUGGAACAUUGUGUUUCUUUACCACAGUGCUGGUUCAGCUCCAGAUACUAGACCCAGGCCUUCUUUAUUUAUCUUAUCCCUAUGUGUUCAAGAGUUUUCAGAUAUGGAGGCUAUUUACAAGCUUCUUUUUCCUGGGCAAGUUCUCCAUCAACUUUGGUAUUCGCCUUCUGAUGAUAGCAAGAUAUGGUGUGCAGUUGGAGAAGGGUUCAUUUGAGAAGCGGGCAGCAGAUUUCUUGUGGAUGAUGAUAUUUGGUGCAAUCUCGUUACUGGUACUGUCUGCUAUUCCCUAUCUCGAGACUUAUUUGUUGGGCAUUCCUAUGGUUAGCAUGCUUCUUUAUGUCUGGAGCCGAGAGUACCCAAACUCUCAGAUAAGCAUGUAUGGCCUCGUCCAAUUGAGGUCAUUUUAUCUACCAUGGGCUAUGCUUGGAUUGGAUGUGAUAUUUGGCUCUCCAAUACUGCCUGGCCUUUUGGGCAUUAUGGUUGGACAUCUGUACUACUUCUUUACAGUGUUGUAUCCGCUAGCUAGCGGAAAGAACUACCUCAAGACUCCUAUGUGGGUACACAAGAUUGUUGCUCGAUUCAGGUUGGGCGUGCAGGCAAACUCUCCAGUCCGGCCAGCUAACACAGGCCCUACUGCCUUCAGAGGAAGAGGCUAUAGACUCAACCAGUAGACUGCUGCGACGCCUGGCGAUGUAAAAGAGGCAUGAACAGGUUAACAUGGAUUCGAUCUAAACUCUGUGGCAGCUCUAGGAAUAUGGAUUGGAUUUUUCCCAUUGAAUCUGUAAUGUCCUCAUUGAAUAACUACAGAUGUGCACUUGCAUUGUACCUGCGAAGUAGAGCUGCAUGUCUUCUCUUUCUUUUUUAAUACUCCCUCGGAUACAUAUUACUUGUCGCUCAAACGGAUCUAAAUACAUCUUUUUGAGUGACAAGUAGUAUGGAUCGGAGGCUGUAGCAAAAUCUGCUUAUAUGA